AUGUGGUCACCUCAGCGCCAGGAGGGAGACACCAAGAUUGUAGGACCAGCAUACACUGUUAAGUAUGUGUCACGUAGCGAUACUACAUCACCCAAGCAGGCUUUUCACUACAUCGAUAUGAUUCCAGCUGGAUCUGUAGUGUUUAUCUCAUCACCAAACACUAUCAAUGCAGUCUUUGGAGGCCUUAUGAGUAACAGAGCCCAUGCAAGUGGUGCGGUCGGAACGGUUGUUGACGGUCGAAUUCGGGAUCUACAGGAGCAUCGUGCCCUUGGCUAUCCGGUCUUUGCUCGCGAUGUUAGUACUGUCUCCCCGUACGAGGUUGCACGUGUCAGUGAGGUGAAUAUACCAGUCAAAGUGCAGAACAACGGCCAGGACACCAUAGUCAAUCCUGGAGACUACAUUAUUGCUGAUCUUAAUGGUGUUGUCUGUCUUCCAGCUAAUUUAGCCGAAAAGGCGAUUUCUCUGAUUCCUCCACAAGUCAAGGCUGACGAACUGAUUACCGAAGAGCUCAAAUCUGGCGUGUUAUUUACAGAUGCAUCGAAGAAACACAGGACCAUGUUGAGCCCUACCUAG